ACCUCUUGUAGUUUAUAAAACAUCUAGCAUGGCUGACUUGAAGGAAAAAAGAACCUUCACAGACACGUCAUCUUUGACAAAACUUAUUACUCUGGACUCCAGUUUCGAACCAUAUAGGCUAUCUAUUGAGAAAGUUGCAGCCAGUUUUAAAAUUGACCUUCAACAAGGUUUAACAUCUCGCCAGGCUCAAGAUACUCUUAAUGACUUCGGUGCCAACACUUUGGGAGACGGUGAUAAAAUCAGCUACGCCAAGAUCUUGGCUCAUCAGGUGUUCAACGCAAUGAUUCUUGUAUUGAUAAUUUCGAUGAUUAUAGCCUUGGCGAUUAAGGACUGGAUAUCUGGAGGGGUCAUAGGGUUUGUGGUAUUUAUCAACAUCUCUGUGGGCUUUGUCCAGGAGUUAAAGGCCGAGAAAACCAUGGGUUCUUUGAGGUCUUUAUCAUCUCCAACCGCUAGAGUCACUAGAGAUGGGGACGAUUCCACUAUUCCUGCUGAAGAAGUGGUUCCAGGAGACAUUGUCCACAUUAAAGUUGGUGAUACAGUUCCCGCAGACUUGCGGUUGGUGGACUCGAUGAACUUGGAAACAGAUGAAGCUUUGUUAACGGGUGAAUCUUUACCGGUUGCAAAAAACCAUCAGGAAAUGUACUCAGAUAGCACUAAAGAUGUUCCGGUUGGAGAUAGAUUGAACUUGGCUUAUUCAUCUUCGGUGGUUUCCAAGGGAAGGGGAACGGGUAUUGUGGUUGCAACUGGUUUGCAGACCGAAAUUGGAAAAAUCGCUAGUUCCUUGAAGGGUGAGAGCACUAUUAUCAAAAAGGUUGAUAAGUCUAAUAACAGAACACCCAGAAAAAGAGAAUACCCUAAGGCAUGGUCCCACACCAUUUAUAAUGUUAUUUGUAAUGUUUUGGGGGUUAAUGUCGGGACUCCGCUUCAAAGAAAGUUAUCGUGGUUAGCUAUAUUCCUCUUCUGGGUGGCAGUGAUUUUCGCUAUAGUGGUAAUGGGAUCCCAGAAGUUUAUUGUAAACACUGAGGUGGCUAUCUACGCCAUUUGUGUGGCCUUGUCGAUGAUCCCGUCUGCCUUGAUUGUGGUCUUAACCAUAACCAUGGCGGUGGGUGCCCAGGUCAUGGUGAAUAAGAAUGUUAUUGUGAGAAAAUUAGAUUCUUUGGAAGCCUUGGGCGGAAUCAACGAUAUUUGUUCAGAUAAAACCGGAACCUUGACAAUGGGUAAAAUGAUUGCCAAGCAGGUUUGGAUUCCGAAUGUGGGGACUUAUCGUGUUGAUAAUUCGAAUGAACCUUUCAACCCCACUGCCGGUGAUGUUAUGUUCGUCAAACACUCACCUUACUUCAUCAAGGAAUCUGAUGAGGAAAUAGAUUUUAGAGAUAUGGAUGCAAAUAUCCCCACCAACCUUCAAGAUUGGCUUUUGACCGCUACUUUGGCCAAUAUUGCCGCCGUCAACCAAGCAAAAGAUGAACAAGACCAACUUGUGUGGAAAGCUCAUGGGGAUGCCACCGAAAUUGCUAUUCAGGUUUUCACCACCAGAUUAAACUAUCCCCGAGAUAAAAUUGUUGAGAGUGGUUCUUACCACCACAAAGCCGAGUUCCCAUUCGACUCCUCUAUCAAAAGAAUGUCUGCCGUUUAUGAGAAAGAUGGGUACAUGACUGCGUAUACUAAGGGGGCUGUUGAAAGAGUUCUUGGUUGUUGUACCCACUGGUAUGGACAUCACAGGGACGAGCUAGCAACCACUACUUGGGACACUAAAGUACCAACCGAGUUGACCGAAGAAGACAAAAGCUUCAUUGAAGACAACAUGAAUGCCCUCUCUUCUCAAGGGUUGAGAGUUUUGGCAUUUGCAACCAAAAGCAUUGAUGACCUUGAUACCUCCAACCGUGAAAAAGUUGAGUCAAAUUUGAUUUUCCAGGGCUUGAUUGGGAUCUAUGAUCCUCCAAGGCCAGAAACGUCUGGGGCUGUCAAGGCUUGCCACCGAGCAGGAAUUAAUGUCCACAUGUUGACUGGUGACCAUCCGGGAACUGCGAAGGCCAUUGCCCAGGAAGUUGGAAUUAUCCCCCACAAUCUUUACCACUAUCUGGACGACGUUGUGAAAGCAAUGGUUAUGACCGCAUCUGAAUUUGAUUCUCUUUCCGAAGAAGAAAUCGACAACUUACCGGUUUUGCCGUUGGUUAUUGCAAGGUGCGCCCCGCAAACCAAGGUCAGAAUGAUAGAUGCUCUUCACCGGAGAGGCAAGUUCUGUGCUAUGACAGGUGAUGGAGUGAACGAUUCACCUUCGUUAAAGAAGUCGGACGUUGGUAUAGCAAUGGGGCUCAAUGGAUCAGAUGUUGCUAAAGAUGCUUCGGAUAUUGUUUUGACAGAUGAUAAUUUUGCAUCCAUUUUGAACGCGAUCGAAGAAGGACGCAGAAUGGCUGCGAAUAUCCAGAAGUUUGUGUUGCAAUUACUUGCUGAAAACGUCGCCCAAGCGUUGUAUUUGAUGAUUGGAUUGGCAUUUAUUGACGAAAGUGGUUUCUCUGUAUUUCCAUUGUCUCCAGUAGAAGUUUUGUGGAUUUUGGUGGUUACUUCAUGUUUCCCAGCCAUGGGUUUGGGCCAGGAACGGGCCUCUGAAGACAUUUUGGAACAACCUCCAAACAACACCAUCUUCACUUGGGAAGUUAUUAUAGACAUGAUGGUGUAUGGCUUCUGGAUGGCAGUAUCUUGUUUGUUGUGCUAUGUGGUGAUUCUGUUUGGAAAGGGAGAUGGAUACUUGGGGGUGAAUUGUAAUUCCACCUCUGCAGAUUUGGCUGCUUGUGAUUUGGUUUUCCGAGGAAGAGCUGCUUCUUUUGCAAACAUGACUUGGUGUGCCUUGAUUUUGGCUUGGGAGUGUAUUCACCCCGUUAAUUCUUUGUUUUGUAUGAGAGGAGACACAGACAAUCCUUGGUGGAAGCAAACUGCCAUUGAUUUAUGGGGAAACCAAUUCUUAUUCUGGUCGGUUUUCGCUGGAGUAGUGACAGUGUUCCCUGUGGUGUAUAUUCCUGUUAUCAAUGACAAGGUGUUUUUGCACAAGCCCAUUGGCUAUGAAUGGGGAGUAGCUGUUGGAUUUUCAAUAUGUUUUCUCUUGGGAGCAGAAGCUUGGAAGUGGACUAAAAGAGUCUACAAGAGAAGACAGCAAAAGAAGGUGCAAAACCCUGAAUAUGAGUUAGAGAGAAAUGAUCCGUUCCAUAGAUAUGCUUCGUUUUCGAGGUCUAACACCGUAGAAGUUAGAAUCUAGUUAAAAAUAUAUUAAAUCUUAUCGCAACAACUGAUUGUUAACCUUCAAAUCAGCACCUAGAUGUGUGGUAUCACCAAAUGCCUGGAUAAGUCCUUCACCAGUCGCCUUGUCUAAGUCUAUCACUGAAACGGAGGUGUUGAAGGGGACCCUCAAGUCCUCGGGCAACAACUUUGUGUUCAUUUUAUAGUGUUUAUCUUUGUAUAAGUGAUUAAAAAAUUGGAUUAAAACUCCUCCGUGAGUACAAACCCCAACGUUCUUGUUACCUCUAAUUAUGGCUUCUUUUAAAAUGGUGUCGAACUCCUUGUUGACUCUCUCGAGCAAUUUUUCUGACGUUUCACCCAUAUUUCUAAACCCAUCACCAUACUGCGCGAGAGCAUCUUUGAUGUACAUGCCUUGAACCUUACCCAUUUCCCGUUCUCUCAAGUUGUAGGUGGUACGGAAAUCAUCAAGGUCCUGGUACUUGAUGAUUUCCUUGGUGGUCUUGAUACAUCUGAUCAAAUCAGAAGAUACAAAGUGAUCAAAUUUCACAAUCUUGAGCAUCUGACCUACUUUAUCGGCCUGAUCUUCGCCCGUGGCAUUGAUAUCGACAUCGACGUGGCCCUGGAGAAUCUUCUUGAGGUUGUGAUCCGUCUGGCCGUGUCUAAUGAAAAAUAUUCGGAGAACCUUAUCGUCCGUGUUAGGUUCUAUGCUCACAGUCAUCUGAUAAACGUGAAUUUU